AUGCAUGUGACCAGUUCCAAGAGUGCCUCCGCCAAGACUAUUCUGAAGGGGUUCCGGUACCGGCAGGUCGGUAGCGACGGGGCAUGGAUUCGGCCAGACCUCGGGGAGGGAAUCGAUGGCACAAAAUUGCCGGAAAGUCAAAGUAAUUUCGUCCGGAACUUGAGGGAAUAA